UUUGGCAAGGACGUUGGUCUGGGUAUCAAGUCAGUGCGGACGUACACUCACCAGCUAUUCCUCUCGAGUUUACUCAAGAAGCUGAAUAUUACGCACACCGAUAUCAAGCCUCCUCGUACGUUUUUCUAUCCAUCCCCAUGCAUGCCAUGGCUUACGGAAUGGUUACGUAGGUCAACGAGCAGAGGACGGUGCUCAAGCUGUCCAGCUUGGGCAUCGCAUCUGAUGCGGCGGAGAAUGAUAUCACGCCUUACCUCGUCUCGUGAUUCUACUGUGCUCCCGAAACCAGUGAGUCUUGGCCUUCUCGUGUCCUCGUUUCUGCGUUUUGACUUGGACGUCUUACUUUAA